UUUUAAUAUGGCUGACGAAUAUGAUGAAGAAUUUGGAGAGGUACAAUAUAACAAAAAAUAGUUUAGCUUGGAUUAGUAAUUGGAGAUUUUAACAUUCCAUCAAGAGCUUCCGAUCUACCACUUUAAUUUAAAGAACUUUUAGUUCCAAAUAAAGUUUAAUAUGUAUUUUGCACAGGAAAUGUUGGAAAUAGCGAAACUACAGACUGGUUGAAAACAUUAUCUGGAAAUACACAUAUCGUUAAAGGUGAUUUCGAUGAAGCGAAAGAUAUUCCUGAAACAAAAAUCAUAUAGAUUGGUUCAUGGAGAUUAGCUUUAGUACAUGGUCAUCAAGUAAAUAUAAAAAUUAACCUCUUAGGUAGUCCCUGCAGGAGAUGAUGAAGCUUUAUAUACAUUUUUAAGAGAAUUAGAAGCAGAUGUGCUUGUGACUGGUCAUACAGGAGUUGCCAAAGUUUCUGCUGUAGAAAAGAAAUAUAUAAUAAAUCCUGGAUCUGCUACAGGAGGUUUUAAUGGAUUAUAAUAGUAGCUUAUAUUUAUUAUUUAGAUCUAUACCAUCAUUUUUAAUCUUGGAAUUUAAAAAGGAAAAAAUAUAAGUUUUUAUCUACACAUUAGAUGGAGAAGUUAAAAUAGAUAAGUAAGAAUUGCCUUUAUAGAAAUGAAUAAAUAAAAUUAAG